AUUUAAAAAGGAAGAAGCUGCGCGCGCAAGAUGAGAAUCUGAGUGAAUCGAAUGUUCGCGCGCGCACGACCACGCUUUCCUCCGCUGGGGUGGUAGUGAGCGCGUGCACACGCGCGCGCGGCGGUGGCGGCGCUGCUGCUGCUGCUUCUGAUAUCCGCCUCCCCAAAAGCAAGGGUAGUGGCACUGAGGGUGGCCGGCCUCGGCAGGGGAAGCUUGUUUUGCUCGGCAGCCUUAAGUAAACAAAAACAGACGCCCAGCGAAAGCUCAUCAGUCUACAGUACUGAGCUCAUACGUGACAACUAUAUUAAAAAUGGCUGCUAGUAAAGCAAAAAGUCAAAGCUCUCUUGCCCUUCACAAAGUAAUCAUGGUUGGCAGUGGAGGCGUUGGCAAAUCAGCACUUACACUUCAGUUUAUGUAUGAUGAGUUUGUUGAAGACUAUGAACCAACCAAGGCUGAUAGUUACAGAAAAAAAGUAGUUCUAGAUGGCGAAGAAGUCCAGAUAGAUAUUCUGGAUACAGCAGGGCAAGAAGAUUAUGCAGCUAUUCGAGACAACUACUUCCGUAGUGGAGAAGGUUUUCUCUUAGUUUUCUCCAUAACUGAGCAUGAAUCCUUUACAGCCGCAGCAGAAUUUAGGGAACAGAUACUCCGUGUAAAAGCUGAAGAGGAUAAAAUACCAUUACUUGUGGUGGGAAACAAAUCAGACUUGGAGGACCGGCGACAAGUGCUUGUAGAAGCUGCUCGAAGUAAAGCAGACGAGUGGGGAGUACAGUAUGUAGAGACAUCAGCAAAAACAAGAGCAAAUGUAGAUAAGGUAUUUUUUGAUUUGAUGAGAGAAAUUAGAUCCAAGAAAAUGUCAGAUAAUAAAGACAAGAAUGGCAAAAAAAGCAGCAAGAAUAAGAAGAGUUUUAAAGAACGAUGUUGUUUAUUGUGAUCUUAAAGAGCUGUACAUAUAGGCGACAGUACUAACAAGACAUUUUACUACUAAUGAUAGAGGACUGAAUUAAUAAGAAGAAAUCUGAAUUCAAUACAUUUUUCAACUCACAUUGAUAUAAGAAUUGAAGUCCAACAGAUCCAUGUAUACCAAGAAGGAUGAUUCUUGAAAGCAACUGUCACUGGUAAACAUUAACGCAAGCAUUUUUUUCCUUUCGUUAUAAGCAAUUUACCUGUUAGACACAUGGUGCGCUCUGAAUAUACCUCUGGAUACUGCUCUCAAGGGCACUCCUCGACAACUCUUCAUCAUCCUUUUUUGUUUAAAUGGCAAGUUUUCACUGAAGUUCCACCAAAAUUUCCUGUCUUUUCUUUGUGACUUCAGUUUGUGUGCUCUGCUGAAGCCUUCGGUGAUUUUUUAAAAACCACAGGUUGACAAAAUUGAGCUGUUUUGGGGCUUUAAUGUGCUGCUUAAAAUAGGUUGUGGUGGUGUCAUUUUUGCUGUUUUGCCAACAUAUUAGAUGGGCAGUGUAAGGCUUUAUAUUAAAAAACAAAGAAACAACGAGCAGUGAGUUAGUAUUCCCAUAAUGACAAUAGUAAUUUUCAGCCUAUGAUUUCAGAGCAUUGGUAGUUACAUUCUGGCAAGUUAUACUUUCUUAAAUUGGGAGUAAAUUAACCAGGCAUCUUGAUGUAGAGAUGUUUCCAGGCUUAACCCAACUUUCCAAUACAUUUGAAGGGAAGAACUCCCGUCCUUUCAAUCCAGCAUAGUCAAUAGCCACAAUUGUUGAGGAUGAUGGUAUUUGCAAUCCAAGACAUAUGCAUGACAUCAAGUUAGGAAUUGUUGGUUUUUUCCAUUGAGUCAUUCUAACUUUCCUCCCGAAGACCUGGUUUCCUUCCAAAGCUUGAACAUUUCUGUUCAUGGUUUUGCAGUGGUUUGUGGUCAUGUAUUGAAGCCAUAGUGGUUGCUGCAUUUUUACUCUUUAUGUUUAACAGGAGAAGGGUCUUUU